AUGGAGCAGACGACAUGCGCAGCUUCGGGAGAUAGCCUGACGCGAAGGACGGUUUCGAACUCCACAGAAGCGGCGCGAGCGGAGGAAGAUUUGCAGGCUCGUGAUGACGACGCACCAAGUCGAGAAGAGGAGACGCGUCACGAGCAAGAAGAAGAAAUGGAGGACAGUGAAGACGACGAAGAAGCCAGGGAACGACUCAUGCUCGCAGAAGCCAAGAAACUCUCUGCAGAAGUCAAACAGAAUCCGUGGCGAGGCGCAGACGGCGCACUCACUUUCCAGCGACUUGCUGAGCUGUACAGACACCUCGGCGAAUAUGAAAAGUUGAAUCGAACAGCUCGGCUGGCCUGCGUGUACUGUCCAGUGGGGGAGGAGUUCCUCCUUUCUUGGCUGGAGGAGGAGAAGCGCGUAGCGCGUCUGCUGUCGGGCGCUGCCUUCGAGUCUUCUUUUCCUUCUCACCAGCUUCCUUUGCCUCGAGAACAGCACCUGCACAUUCGGCGUCUCUAUCGUCUCGCGCGAUUCGUCUUGCCUUCCGUCUCCCUCGCGUUGAGUCAUCUGCGAUUCGAAGAAGCUGCUUUUUUCGCUUCCUCGGGAGCCUUCUCCUUCUCCCGCUCUUCUUCCUCUUCCGUCUCGCCUUCCUCCGUUGUCUCAGCUGAAGGCAUUCGAGGCAUGUUCGAAGAAGCUCUCGACGACUUUGCGCUGCAUGCACUGGAAGGGCCGUGCCUCUGGGCGGCGUACCGCCACUUUGAGGGUGCGAUUCUGGACAGCCUGCGCCGCAGACAACUCGAAAAGAGAGACUCCGGGAAACAGGAAGGAAAGCAAGACAGAGGACAACAAGAGGGAAGACUCGAAACUGGAGGGGGAAAUCACGAAGAGGAGAGCGAGGUUGUCAGGCAGAUGCAUCGAAUUCAGCAACUCUUCUGCAGACAGCUUCAGCUUCCGCUUGCCGGCCUGGGCGACCUCCUUGACGAGUACCGGCUCUGGGACGCAGAAGUUUUCUCCUGCACCCUCGGCGAGGCGGAGGGCGCGGAGGCGGCGAGGCGCCGCGUGUGGCUGGGAGCUGCCGAAGCUGCGCAUGCACUGGGGCUCUCCGUCUGGCAGCGCGAGAGGAAAGACUUCGAAAUUGAAGUGCAGAGCGCAUUCGACGACGACCAGGCGAACAAGCAGAUCUCUUGCACAGCUCGCGUAUGGUCUGCGUACCUGGCGGCUGAGUGCCGAUCCGGUGACGCCCGGCGCUUCUUCGCGACGACGCUGCGAGCGCUGGAGGAGCUGGGUUCCCUGCAUCUCCAGCUGUGGCGCGACUCCGCGGACGCGCUCUACUCUCUCUCGCUCGAGUUCGCCUCCCGCGCGUCUCCGAAGUUGUCCACGCGUCCCGUCGAGCCAGACGACGCGCGGCCGAGUGCAGAGGCUACGGGAGCGGCGGCAGGGCGCGCGAAACCGACUGCGAGACGUCGGACUGGACGCAGGAGCGACAGCGGCAAGGCGACGUGGACUCUCGUCGAAGGCUGGUGCCUGGUGCGAGAUGUCGAGCGCGAGGACGCAGGCGACGCAGAGAGCGAACCAGCUGUCUCUUCCGCAUGGCUCUUGGAGAAGGAACUCGUCGUCCUCCAAAGAGGAAUUCGGCACUUCCCGCGCGACUGUUCGCUGUGGACCCGAUACGUCCAGUGCGCGGCCGAGUUCGUCGCGAGUGCAGACCAGCUGCAAACCAUUCGCGACACUGCAUGUUUGAAGGCUCUUAACGUCGCGUCGCCGGCGGCUCUCUCGCCUGCGUCUCCGAACGCAUCUUCAAGUUCUGCCGCUCGUCCUUCCACGUCUUCUCCCGUCUCGCCUGUGGACGGAGCAGCAGGGGAAAUGCAGCUGGCCUUUGCGAAAAGCUUGCUGGCGUUCGCGAGGCGGCUGGCGCGGCGACUUUCGCCCGAGGAACAGAGACCGGCCGGAAGCGUUCCGGAGUCUCUCGACUCGCUGCGGGCGGUCGUGCGUCAAACGAGGGAUGCCUACGACCUCGCGGUGAAUCUGGCGGAGACGCGAAGUAGCGAGGUUUCUCCCCCUGCCUCGGUCUGUUCCGCUGGCGGAGGCUGCAAGUUGCUGGCGGCGGCGCUUGUGGCGCAGGCGAAAGGCGAAGCAGAGCUUCUGCGUUUGUGUCGGGGCCUCUGGGUGGACGCGAGAGACUUCCGCGAGUCGCGCAGGUUGGUCGAGAAGCUGCAGAGCGUCUGUCCCUGCGAGGCGCGAGCUUGGGCGGCCGCCGGCGCGUUCCUCGCCGAGCUGCUCGUCAACGAAACAGACGGGAGAGAAGGAUCAGCGCGCGAGCCAGGCGCCGCGCAAGAAGUCCAAAACUUCGUCGCCAGGUGGCGUCUCGCCGCGCAAACCGCCCUCGCCGGAGACGACGCAGACGUCGUCGCAGCGCGCGAAGAACUGGACCGACGGUGGAAGGAAGUAGCUUGGCUGGUGUCAUCUCCGGCGUCUCUGAUGUCGGCGUCUCCGCGGUCUGCCUCGUCGCUGUCCUCGGCGCAUGCAUCAGGCGUAUCUUCGCCUCGCGGCAGGGAGAAGAAGACGCGCGAGUCCGAGGAGACUGCGUCGCCGACCGUCGCCAGCAGAGACGCGUUCUUCCGCUCCAAGGACGUAUGGGCUGAGCAGCGCGACCACCGCAGAGCGCAUUCCAGGGAAGGCGAAGAGGAGCGCGGCCUCGCCAGUCCGAGCCUCGGUCCCGCGGACGGAGACGCCGAGAAAGAGCGCGCGGCCAUUUGUCUCUCGUCGAUCAUGCGUCUACGGAGGAAGCGGCAGCGCCUGCAGGGCGAGACAGACUGGGAGACGUCCUCGGAUUGUUCGACCGACAGCGUCGCCGUUGCCGUCUCUUCUGCGACUGGCACUUCCCCCGAGCUUCUCUCCUCACUCUCGCUGCUGCAUGCGUCCGCGGGGAUCAAAGCGCCGGGUGCGGCGUUCGUUCCCAGCGGACCUGCAGGCUCCGGAGGCGCGGCGACACCGCCCGGCUUCUUCCCCUCCUCUGGCCUCGCCUCGAGCUCCGCCGAGCACUGUCUCUUCCCCUCCUCUGGCCUCGCCUCGAGCUCAGGGUCUCCCCUGCUCCUGGUGGCUCCGGGGUCCCCCGGCGCUGUCUCUGCGUCUCCGACCGGCGCGCGGAAGCUCGCCGCGCCAGGGGAGUUUCCGCGCGCGGCAGCUGCCGGCGGGGGCCUGGGACCUUCGGGGAUCUCCGCCGCGGGCGCCGUGCCGCCGCUGCUGCUGACGCCGGCGUUGAACGGAGUGGAGCGUGGAACGAGUCCGCGGGUGUCGCGUGCAGCGGCGGCGGAGGCGACUGUCCCUGGCGCGAAGAAGAAGCUGCGGAGUCGCGGGAACGCGGGCGCUUCCUCUGGCGGAAUCUCGAGCGACGCCGGUCCGCUGGCGUCGUCGAGUUCCGGGGACGAGGUCCGCGAGGCGACACCGCGGGCGGACGCGGCCUCGGGAUCCGUGUGUGGGGGCCUGGAGCUCGAGGCCGGGGAGAAGAGCGUCACACUGCCUCCAGCGUCGCUUUCCUCGUCGCUGCACUUUGGCGGGGCAGAAAGCCAUUUGUCUUUUUUCUUCUCUGGACGCGCGAGUGCAGGCGGUCUCCAAGCCGGAGAGGCCUCGGCGCCUUCAGGUCCUGCCUGCGGCACGGGGGGCGCGGGCGCGCGCUUCUCUUCUUCGCCUUCCUUCUCGCGCUCAGCCUCGCCGCGAACGCCGCUCUCGCCUUCGCUCUCUCGCUCCUCGCGGUCGCCGUCGCCUUCUGUCUCUCGGCGGAACUCGGGGACGUUUCUGCCGCUCUUGGGACCUGAGAGAGAGAAGAGCGUCGCUGCCGACCGCGGACUCUUUCUCUCCCCCGAGGAAAUUGAGAGAGCGACGCGCGCAACCUGGGAUGGUCACGAGUCGGCAGAUCCUGCGCUCGCUCCGCCGGUUCCGCCUUCCUCGCCGAGGUCCUCACCACGCAUGCUGCCCUCGUCGCCUUCUCUCGCGGCUGCCGCCUUCGCUCUCGCUGCAUGCGCCGUCGACCCAAAAAAGACGACUCGCCCCGGACACAAAAAAUCCCAACGACGGGGAGCUUCAGACGCCUCUUCUUCUUCGUCCUCUUCGUCUUCUUCUUUUUCGUCUUCUUCCUCCUCGUCCUCGUCUUCCUCUUCUUCAUCUGCUUCUUCGUCGUCUUCGCUCUCGUCGCCUCACCACCACGGGAGUAGUCAGGCGCGAGACUUGGCUGCGCCGUCUCCAGCAGCGUUCGCGCUCCCGGAGGCUCGGCGGGAGAAGAGCGAGGAGAAGGCGCAUGCAGAGAAAGGCGGCGCAGAGCAGGUCGCGAGUUUGGACUUUGCGUCUCCGAGUGCGAGCAUGCCGCCGCCACCCUUCACACCGCGACGCCAGAGCCGGCGGGGAUCGACGCGCAGCGCACCACGGGAGGAGACGCCUGGGGAGCCAGAUGAGACGCGGCAAGAGCGGAGACAGAGCGGAGGAGACGAGGAGAACGCGAGGAACGCGAAGAACGCGAGAGCCUCGUCAGGUCGCGAGGAGACAGAGGACGAGGAGCGCGGCGCAGACAAAAGGCGCAGGAAGCGCGAAGACGCGGCGGGGGCCUCGGCGCAAGUGGAAGGAGAAAUGGGAGAGCGCCGGCAAGAGGAGCCAGAAGAGAAGAGCGAGGAAGGACUCGGUCCAUGCGGAGAGGACAUGCAUGCAGAGAGAGAGGAGGAAGAACGCGAGCGCGUCCGCCCCAGAAGAGGAAAACAUGUCCACCAGCUCCGAGCCGCUCAGGAAGCCGAGCAGGACGUGACGAUGGGUGCGACCCAGCAGUCGGUCGAUGACGAGGCGACGCGAAUCGCUGCAUGCAUGGGGAAAGUCGAGGAAAAGCAGACCGUCUGGAUCUCCAAUCUUGACGACUCGGUGACGGAACAAGACCUUCUUCUUCACUUCCAGUCCUGCCCAGGAUUCAAAGGCGUUCGCCUCGUACUGGAUUUUCGUCGGAGGUCGAAAGGCUUUGCGUACGCGGACUUUGAGAGCUCCGAGGAGGCGUCUGCGGCGGCUGCGCGCAUGCACGGCGUGAGAAUUCGCGAGCGACCGAUGAAGGUUUUGAUGUCGCAGCCGACCAGAAGCGUCUACGAAGAGAAGACGCUCUUCAUUUCUCAAGUCUCGGAGCGCCUCGACGAAGCAGAGGUAGCGGAAGAACUCGCUCGGCUCGGCUUCGUCAACAUCUGCGGCGUCCGGUUGAUCGGGGACUCCGGCGCGGAGGCGCAGAGCGCAGAAAAAGAACGAACUGCAGAAGAAGCGCCGCACCGCGCGAUACACAAAGGGUACGGCUUCGUCGACUUUUCCUCGCAAGACGCGACUGUCAAGGCUCUGCAGUUCUUUCUACGCCGUCAGAGAGAAGCUCAAGCGGCAGCCGAGAGUCAAGCGAACUUCCUUCUCGGCGGAAAGCCGUUCGUCCUGGCGCCGUCGAUUCCGAUGAAGAAGCACCGAUGGAUCUUGGCGCCGCCGAACAAAGAAGCCAUCAAGUGGGAAAGAGAAGCGAGGAAGGAGGCGCCAGUGGAUGCGACGACGAUUUUUGUGAAAAAUCUCGCCUUCUCCGUCAGCGAAGAAGAGCUGGCAAACCACUUUGUUUCGCUCUUCAGCGUAAUCCCCUCUCAAACAGUCGUAUGCAGAGAUGCCAGCGGCAAAUCACGAGGCUUUGCCUUCGUCAAAUUCGACACAGAGGCCGACGCCAUGGCUGCAAUGCUCGCCAACGACUCGCCUCUCAGUGGACGGCCGUUGACAGUCUCGCGCUCGACUCGGAAUAUCACGACGCCGAAGCAGCAGCAUACGCGGCCGCAAAGGCUCGUCGGGGCGAAGCCUGCGGAGAGACAGCGUCCGGGAGUAGGUUUCGACGCGCGCAAAAGACAUCAGAAACCGCGUUUGGCGCUCGGGGAGACAGGACCCAAAGGCGAAGAAGAACGUGCAGAACUGUCCCUGUCCUCCUCUUCUUCCGCCUCGUCUGCGUCUUCUUCGUGUGAUGUUCCUGGAGCAGGAGGCGAGGUCAGGGAGAAGGAGAACGAGGAAAAAGAGGAGGAGAUGCAGGAAGAGCGAGAAGCUGCGAGAGAAGAGAGAGCACCAGGGCAGGACCGAGAGACCGCGAAGGAAGAGAAGAAACUUGAGAAAGGAGAGACGAAUGAAAAGAAGGAGGGAGAGAAGAAGACCAAUGCGUACUUUCGACAGUUGUUUCUCUCCGGAGGUCUUUAGGAAAGGGCGUGGAAUCGUGAGGAGAAUGCAGUUCUCUCAAAUCGUGCUUUGUUUUUCUUUCCGGAUCUCAAGA